AUGGGAGAUUUAACUGAGUUAAUCAGAGAAAAGAUUGAAGCCAAACGAAAAGAGGUAGAAAAUCGUUAUCAACAAAAUUAUAAAGAGUUAAACAAAAAACAUCAAGAGGAGGAAGCAGCCCAUGAAAUAGUUGAUAGCGAUGGUAACGAUAAUACCGAUAACGAGAAUAAUUAUGACAAUGAAUCUUUAAGUAACAUCGAUAGACCUGAUCAAUCUAUUAAUAAUAGUCACAAGUGUGAUGGCAAUGAUGGUAAAGAUAUAAAUGACCUGACUUCAAAAAUCGUAAUCAACAGUAUAAACCAUAAUGAUAUUGGCAAUGAAGAAGAUGAUGAAAACUAUGUUUUAAAUGAUCGAAGACCUUCUUAUAAUCAUCUUACAAAUGGAAAAAUGGAAAUUAUUAAAGCUAAUUAUAAACUUAAAAAGUUAGAAAAUAAAUAUAAAAACAUUGGAGAAAGUAUAAUUAAAAUUGAAGAAAAGAAGAAAAAGGAACCUUAUCAAAAAACCUUUCAAGAAUUUGAUGAAUUUGAACAAAAUCUUACAGCAAUUUCUGAUGAAUUUGAAAAUAAUCAAAAACAUGCUUUAUUAAAUUUGGUCAAGGGGUUUAAUGACAACAAAAGAAAAAUUGAAAAAGAAGUGGAAGGUGAGGAGGUAUCUACUUCAAAAAAAGUGAAAUAUGUUGCUGCAGGUGCAGGUAUUGCAGGUCUACUUAGUUUGGCACCUUGGGUUUUAGAUAACUUGCCAUUGCUUCAACAACAUCUUCAAAACCUUCCAUUUAUUUAA